AUGGGUACAUUUUUUGCAGGACAGGACGACAGGGUCAUUGAUGAGGACGGUAAUUUGGAUGCGAUCCUAAAGCAACGUCGCGGUCGUGAUUAUGAUAGUGAGGUAGAUGAUGAAACAGAGACAGGCGCACAGGUCGAGGCGGCAGCAGAAGUUUAUAGUCAAACUAACGAGAGCAGGCAGAGGCCACCUUGGUCACGUCAGAGCUCUAGCUCCCAGGUGUCCAGAGUUACAUCGCCCAUGUUUGAAGAGGAUCACAAAGGUGACAUCAACCCAAUACUGAGCUUCCUACGAUCAAUGAAAGAAGAAGCAGACGAACAGCGUAAGAAUGGAAAGGAAGAAGCUGAGAAACAGCGUAGGAAGGAGAAGCAAGAAGAUUAUGAUCAGCGAAAGAAGGACAAAGAAGAAGGUGACGAUCAGCGUAAGAAGGAGAAGGAAAAAGCUGACGAACAGUCCAUGGCUAACCCAGUCUCUGGAGUUUCAGUGAGGCGUAGUGAGAACUCGGAGGCCGUGUCGUAA